UCAAGCGCGCUUUAGAAUUGAAGGCAGCUUCGGUGGCUAAAGAACGGCUGCAUGGGCAAUAUGUUUUUUGUUUGCGCUUUUUGUUGUUUUGUGAUGCGAGUUUAAAAACGGCCGAGCCAUGGUUAAAGCGGAAAAUUGCGCGUUGUGCCUCUCGAACGAAUCGGAAUGGCUCCUGGAACUGUUCGGCGACGAUGAACAAGUGAAGGACCGGCUACUCGUUAUUUCCAAACACCUCUGGUUCGAUCUGAAACCUCAGGACGAUGAAACCUACGUGUGCGCCGACUGCUGGAAGAGUGUCCACGACUUCGAUCUAUUCUACUGUAAACUGGAAAAGAUACACCGCGAGUUGCAGGAACACGACGAUGAUGAGGAUCCGGCAGCCGUCACGACACCCCUUCCUCAACCUGAUUUUGAAUUUCAUCCCGUCCUAGAGAUCAAGAUCGAACCGGAUCAUGAUCCAGGUGCGGAGUCACCAAACGAGAUGAUUGAAAUCAUCGAAGAACAUGAACAUCUUUCGCCGAAUACUACCGUUCAGGAAUCGGAUGAGGAACACAAGGGUUCAAAAGUGAAACCAGAACGUCCCCGACGAAGCGCUUCCCUGAAAACCAAAUACGAAUCUUCCAUUUCGGAAUGGGAAGCGGUCGAGCACGAUUUUCUGGCAGAUGACGAUUAUAUAGAAGAGGAGAAUGUUAAUGAAGAGGAUGCCGCGGAUGGGGAUGAGGAUGAGGAUGGCGAUCAGGAAGGAGAUGGUGAUGAGGACGAUGAUGAACUAUAUGAGGAAGAGGAUGACGGAGGUGAAGAUUACAUCAACUAUGAUGAGCUUCAUCGUGGUAAAGAACAGGCAUCGGAUAAGAAUCAGUCCUCCACGAAAUCGGAUGUGGAAGCUAGUGACGCCCUAAGCCAAGAUGUCUUGGACGUGGAACCACCGAAGCGAAAACGGGGACGACCACCCAAACGGAAACCAGAAGACAGUACCUAUGAACCGGGACCAAGUCGUGCCGAUUUAAAGCGCCAAUCAACGACCAGAGGUAAAAGGACUCGGAAAUCUACAAAUUCUGCCACGUACAGUGAGUCCGACUCGGACAUGAUUUCCGAUCCAGAUGAUAGCCCACGAUCGAGAGCAAGAAAGAAAAAGAUCGGUAACCGGCGGGCACUGGAUCAGAAAAUCUUUUCAUACAUUGAUGAGUUCUUCUGCUACUACUGCCCGGACAAGGUGCUUUUCGAGCGGUUCCAUCAUGCCAACCUGCACUACAAGGAACUACACAAUGAACCGGCCUUCCUGCGGUGUCCAAAGUGUGGCAAAAAGUGCUUCACACCCGGUGGCUUCUUGAGCCACAUGGAAACGCAUGACGAUCCGGAAAAGAACAAAUGUCCAAUCUGUGGGAAGGUGACGGAUCAACGAAUCACGCUAAAGAAGCACAUGCGUGCUCAUCAGCAGAAGCUAGAGGAAGCACUACCGUACCCUUGCAGACAGUGUCCCCGGCGGUUCGAUCAGGAAAAGGUUCGAGAUAAGCACGAGCGCUUGCAUGGGCGGAAGAUCGUGAUCCGCAAAGAGAAGGGGCGAGAUCUGGAGUUGCUGGCAUUCUACAAACGCAUCUAUUGUGAAAUUUGUGAAGAAGCGAAGCCCAAUUCAACCUCCUUCGACAACUUUUGGGAUCUGAAGGUGCACAUGGGCGACGAGCACAACAGAAACCCUUAUCUAAAGUGUCAUCUAUGUCUGGCAAAGCUGCCAUGCCGGCAACAGCUCAUGAUUCAUGUCGAUGUGCAUAACAAUCCGGAAAAUUAUCGGUGCGAAGUAUGUAGUGAAAUUCACCAGAAUCUCGAGAAACACAUGAUCAAGGCACACACACCGGAAACAUCCUUACCACCGGAGAAGAACUAUGGCUGCGAGCAAUGUGGGAAGAUGUUUAAAUGCGAAACGAACUUGAAGAACCACAUCGAUCGUGUGCACGGCGUAAAGGACGUUUGCUGCGACAUAUGCAACAAAUCCUUCAACCGAAAGGCCCUCGGCGCACACAAGCGAUCGGCCCACAACGACGAGAUGUACAUGUGCGAGCACUGUCCCAAAAUGUUCAAGACACGCAGCGGCCUCGAGUCGCACAAAGGCGAGCACGAUGCAAACCUGCGCAAAUCGGUCAAGUGUGAACUAUGCGGAAAGGAGAUGCGCCGUGGAGCCAGCAUGGCGAAACACAUGAAAACGAUCCACUCGCAGGAGGACCCCGUCAAGUGCGAUCUCUGCGAUAAAGUGUUCCGCACCUCCUUCCACAUGUUGCGCCAUCGGCAGAACACUUGCGCAGCGACUAUCAACUCGCGCCCGUACAAAUGCGAAGUUUGUGGCAAAGGCUUCGCAAUGAAGCUCACGAUGACGGAACACAUGACGACGCAUACGCGUACUAGUUUGUAUCAGUGCGCGUUUUGCUUCAAGACGUUCGGUUAUAUCUCGAACCUGUACAAACACCGUAAAAAGGCUCAUCCGGCGGAGUGGCAGGAGGUCCAGGCUCGCCCAGAGGACGGCAUUGCGACCGUGAUCGAAAUAAGAAACUGAAUGGCCUGUCAGCUAGUACGUGCCAUUUCAUUUUCAAUACUAUGUGUAAAAUAGUACGUUAACGGCACUUAGAUUGUAGGAGGGCAGAGAAGAAACCAGAAACAAAAGGGUGGCGCGUUAAAUAAGACUGAGAUAGUACGUUCCCAUUCAUAGUGCAGGGUCAAGCCUUCACUUAUCUUCGAUGUCGUCAGCUAAAAACAAACGGAAUCAUUAUUGUAAAAUAGCUUUGGAAAACAAAUUGAAAGAAUUCACACAGGCACAACCUCUUAAUGCAAUUUCAGUGUUCUUUCGGGCUUGCUGAGCAAGAUUCGCAUUAUUGAGGGAAGCAAUAGUAAUUUGUGAACGAUGACAACUAGCGGCAAAACUAAGCUAUUAAGUUUAUGAGUAAUAAAGUCUCCAAGUAAUUGAUUCAUAUAUCAUAUUGAAUCAAAUGGAUUCUCAAACGC